AUGGGUAAGAAAAAGGGAUCAAGUUCACCCUUGUCGAGGAUUGCAUUCAAAGCAUUCUGCGAUCAACUGAACCAAGCAGUCAGAAGCCAGAAUGCCUCUGCGUCAUUUGCCUGUGGAGGCACCAUCCCCAUCAAAGGCACCGAAGCAGCUAAGCUAACAAGCGGCACUGAAAAGGCCACAAAAGGCAAACCGGGUUCGGCAUCCUCCCCUGUGAACAUUUUCUGGGACUGCAAGGAUGGUUCGCGAGGUGGAAAGCUUACGCUUCCACUUGAUGGUUCUAAGGAUGAUUCUAAUGCCAAGCUUUGUGGAUUUGUUGCUGAUUGUGAGCCUGCCGGGUUUGGUAGAGGCCAAGAGGCCGUUAUGGAUCCCACUUAUCGCAAGGCUGGGAAGCUUGAUACUGAUCAUUUUAUGACGAGCUUUCAUCCUGCAGAUUUUGGGAUUAUUGGGAACGUUGAGCAAGUCCUUUGUACUAAUUGGAGUUGCCGGCGGAUUAGACUGGAACUCUACAAGCUUAACGUGUACUCUGGUCCUUCUGGUCUCUUCCAGAGCCAUGUUGAUACUCCACGGUCCAAAUGCCAGAUUGGGUCUCUGGUUGUGUGUCUGCCCUCGCCUUUCAAAGGAGGUAACUUGAUCGUUCGACACGAGGGUAGAGAGAUCGAUUUUGACUGGGAGCAACGAAGUGCAGAUACGAUUCAAUGGGCCGCUUUCUACAGCGACUGCGAGCACGAGAUUAAGACAAUAACUGAGGGCGAGCGUAUUACGGUGACGUAUAAUCUUUAUGUCACAGAUGAACCGAUGAACACUCUCCCUCCAUCUGGACCAAUUUUCGAUCCGAAGACGUUGCCCUUAUAUCAAGACUUCAAGAAUGUUUUGCAGAUUCCCGGGUUCCUGAAGACAGGCGGGACCCUGGGCUCAUUCUGCACUCAUGCUUAUCCGCAUACCGCAGACGACGCGUAUACCUUACUUCCGAGGGGUCUGAAAGGAGCAGACUUAGUGCUGUAUUCUGUUUUGAAAGCGUUUGGGAUCAAAGUCAAAGUCCUACCUGUUAUUAUUCAAAAAGAUUUCAGCCCCAACAACUCCGACUCUGACGAUGAAUACUAUGAAUAUGCAAGACUAGAUGGAAAGGUGUAUAUAGGGUCUUACUUGACGCCUCGCUUUUCAGCCAAUAAUUUCGAGGACGAUCCAUUGUCGAAGGUCCUCGACGAGUAUUGGCCGGAGCAAACGUUUGAAAAGCCUAUCACAUGGAUUACGCAUCCAAGCCCUUGCACUUCACAGGAGGCAAUGUCUUAUCUGGCUUACGGAAAUGAACCUAGUGUGCACGAAGUCUAUUCGUACGCUGCUAUUGUAGCAAUCAUACCCCCAUGGACGGAACGUCAGGAAAUUGUUCAACAGGCUCGGAAUAAUUGA